UACUUUGUCUAUAAUUGUCACGCAAAGGAAUCUUCGUGCAUUUUAGUUAAAUUAGUUUUAAAGUUAACUUGAUGUUAUUGGCAUUAUGUUUCCAAAAGUAACGUUCACAUUGAUAUGGAUUUUUAAUCUAUUAAAUUCAUGUGUUAGUGUCGGAAUUUCGGAUAAAUUGGAUUUUGGUGAUGAUAAAGCUACAAUUGUAAGAAAUCACAACCCAGGAUUAUUUACAAGCACAACAAACCGCAAAAUUUUAAGAACUUAUGAAAAACCUGUGGAAAAUUUUGACAGAGUGCAUACACGAUGUGAUAAUGGCUGCCAAAAUAAUCAAAGUAGUAAAGAUGACAUUGAGACAGACAUAGUCGUUCAAGUAAAAACGAAAGUUAAUCUAAAUAAAUCAACAACUAGUGAUACCGCAGAUGUACCAGUUGUUCUUGGAACUCAAAGUUCUAAUGAUGAAGAUUCAAUAAGUAAUUAUAAUUUAAUGAAUGAACAGUCUAUAAAAGAAGUUAAAUUAAGCAAUCCUGUGUAUACAACAUUCACAACUAAAAGACCUUACAUCGUAACAGAACAAGACAGAAUAGGUUCAAAUGGUUUUUAUCCAGUUAUUCAAAGAAAACAAAGUCAACCAGGUUUAAUUUUGUAUAAUGCGGAUAAUCAAUAUGGAAUUAAUAACAGAGGAGAUACUCCUUAUUACCCAACAAAUGAUUUAAUAAGAAACUUACUAAAUGAAAUGAACUAUAAGUUUAACAUGUAUAAUCCGACAACUUAUAAUAAAUUUAACACUCCUUUUCGAGAACAAUUUAUUGGCCACAACUAUAAUCAUGUGAACCUGGGAAAUUUCUUAGGAGGAAAACAUCGUCAUAACACUUGGGAUGAUAACUCCAAUUACAAUCAUAAUCAUAGAAAUACUGAUACCUGCACAUGUAAAAAUAAAGAUGAUAAUUUAAAUAUUGGUGGAUUCAUUUCUAUCAAAGAUCCAGGAUCUCACAUUGACGACAAAUUAGCACCUUUAAAUUAAUGGUGAUAUAGAAAUAGAUAAAUUUAAAUUAUCUUAGUAUGGAAAAAGGGUAUAAUAAUCUUGGUAUUAGUUAUGUAAGAACUGUUAUUUUUGUAGAUAAUAAAAGAAUUCUAAGUAGA